AGAGGGGGGGGGGGAGGAGGGAGAGUGUGGGAGGGAGGAGGAAGGAGAGGGUGAGCAUGGGGAGGCGAGCCAAGGGGAGAGUGAGGAGGAUGAGGAAGAGGAGGGGGGGGAGGAGGGGGAGGAGGAAAAGUAUGAGGAGGAGGAGGGCGAGGAGGAUGAACAGGAGGAAGAGGAGGAGAGAGAAGUGGGGGACGAGGAGGGAGAGGAGGAGGAUGGACAUGUGGGUUAUGGGGAGAGUGAGGAGGAGGGAGAAGCAGUGGAGGGGUUGGAGGGAGAGGAGGAAAUCGAGGAGGGAGAGGAGGAACGAGAGGAGGUAGAGGAGGAGAGAAAGGAGGGAGAGGAACCAGAUUCCUCGGCAGAGGAGGAGAAGCAAGGUGGUGAGCUGCUGGAACUUCUGCUGAAGGGUGUUGCUGAGAUAAGCAAACAGGAGAAGGAGAAGAAGAGGGGGGGAAAGGAGGAAAAGCAGGACAAGGAGGCAGGGAAGGAGGAGGAGGAGGAAAAGGAGGAGAAGCAAGCUAAGUGGCGACACCAGAGAAGGAAGCAGAGAAGCUCAGCAGUAGUGAGACCGGAAGCCGAAACGACAGCCGCAGCAGUAGAAGCCAGUGCAGCAGACGCGAGAGAAGUAGAAGGGAGAGGCUCGAAAGAGCGAACAGUAGAAGCUGGAGCAGCAGUGGGAGCAUCAGCUGCUGAAGCCCACAAAGGAAGUGAGGAGAGAGGAAUUGAGGUAGAGGCCUCGGGACACAGGGCAGCCAGGCGACAGUCUGUGAAGCGGAAACGCACAGACUCGGUGGGGGGGGUUGGUGACAGCGAUUCAAAGGCACCUCGGAAGAAGGAGACUGGAAUGCAGGAGGACAAGGAGGGAGAUGCGACGGCGGUGGUGCGCGCUUCUGAGGCGCCUCGGAAAACGCAGGAGGAGGAGGAAAGGGAGGCGUUGGUUUUGAGGAUAUUGCGUGGUCAGGGAAGCAUAAGAAAGGGAGGGAGUUUGGCGACGCGGCAAGUGAGUGUGGUGAAAGGGGAAAAGGGUGCGAUUGGGAAGAAACGAGGCACAGGCAGUGAUGGGGAUGGAGAAGAGGAGGUAAAGGGGAGCCCAGGUGGGAAGGAGAAGGAAACAGGUGCGGAGUUUCCAGGGGAGGAAAUGGAGGAAAUGGAGGAAGGGGAGGAAAAGGAGGAAGGGGAUGAGAGGGAGGAAGUGGAGCCUGAAGGGUUUGCCAAGAAGGAAGGGCAGAAGGAGGUCGGAGAAAGGGGGUCACAGAAGCUGAGGCAAGGGGCAGGGGCAGGAGCAGGAGCACGAGGAGAAGGAGGAGGGGCAGGAGCAGAUACAAGGGAGGUGGUAAAGGAAGGAGGGGGAAAGGGAGGAGAAAAGGAGCAUGCUAGAGGUGAGGGACGUGCAGAGAAGGGUGAUGAGUGCAAGGAGUUGAAGGGAGAGGGAGUGCAAGCUUCUGAGGUGGCUCGGAAAACGCGGGAGGAGGAGGAGGAGGAGGAGAGGGAGCAUCCGAGAGGUGAGGGCCGUGCAGAGAAGCGAGUUGACUGCAAGGAGUUGAAGGGAGUGGCAGGAGGAAAAAAAUCGGUUCCAGAUGCUGCUGCUGCUGCUGCUGGUGUUGCUGCUGCUGCUGUUGCUGGUGGUAGUGUUGCUAAUGGUGGUUCUGCUGCCGCAGUUGGGAUGGAAUCUAUGGGUACUGUUAGUGCUGCUGCCAGUGAUGGUGCGCUGCUGAUCAGAAUUGCUGCUAGGAAGAGUACCAGUGGAGAGAACCAGAGGGGAGGCAGGGGAGGAAGCAGGGGGAGGGGGUUAAGUAGGGGACGAGGGCGGGGGGCUGGUGGGACUGACCGCGGGGCCAGGGGAGGAGGCGGACGGAUGGGGAGAGGAGGGAAAGGGGAGAGAGAGGGGCGUGUUGGAAGGGGAGGCGGCAGAAGAGGCAAGGGAGUGGUUACUGGUGCAGGGAUGGAGGCUGUGGGAGACUUGGGUGGGUUGGGAAACGGUGGGGAAGCGGGGGACGGAGUGGGAAAUAUGGCAGCAACUGAAGGAGGGGCUGGGGUGGGAGUGUCAGGAGGAGCAAGGGCAGCGGAUGGGGUAGGGAGCAAGGAAGGAGGGCAUGCAGGAGGAGGAGAGAAGGCAGCUGGUGAGAGUGGUGGUGCUAUGGGAGGAGCUGGGCAGGAGGCAGGGAUAGGCACCCGGCACAGCCAACGCCUGGGAGGCAGGCAGGUUUCAGGCAGGUGGAGCCGGAAGUAUGAUGGUUGA